CAAACAACGUCACUGCGAGGCACAUUGACUCUCCUGAAGAUUAAGAUGUCGAUUCGCUAUCUGUCUGCGAAACUUGCCCAACAAAUAGAUGAAGAGCUCAUGAGCGCAGCAGGGGCGUUCAGUCUCGACCAGCUCAUGGAACUGGCAGGCCUGGCAUGCGCUCAGACGUUGGCCAAGGUUUACGAUAAGGACAAGUUCAACCGAGUUCUUGUAUGUUGCGGACCGGGUAAUCAAGGUGGGGAUGGCCUGGUCGCCGCUCGACAUCUCAGUAUGUUCGGGUACUCUCCGACAAUCUAUAUGCCGAAACCUGGGUCCAAAGACAUAUACAAGCGACUGAAGACUCAAUGUGAUAACAUGAUGAUCAAAACGCUUACACCAUCGGUGGAUAUCGACAGCCUUCGCAGCGCUUUAUCUUCUAGCGAUGUAAUCCUUGAUGCUAUAUUUGGCUUCUCUUUCAAGGGUCCUGUUCGAGCGCCCUUUGAUGCCGCUUUGCCCUUGAUCUCCGAGUCUCGCCUUCCCAUCGUCUCCGUCGACAUCCCGUCAGGCUGGGAUGUCGAGAAAGGGAAUGACGCUGGCGUCGGCCUUAAUCCUGACGUUCUCAUUAGUCUGACGGCUCCGAAAGAAGGCGUAAGGUCUUUUGAAGGCAUUCACUUCCUUGGUGGUCGAUUUGUCCCAAAGACGUUGGAAGAAAAGUUCCAACUCAAUUUGCCACCGUAUCCAGGGUCAGAACAAAUUGUCGAACUCCCUCGGCUUUCGCAAAAACUGUAGACCGACAGAUUACAAAUGGUGGUGCUAAUGGUGACAGUUCCAUUCACUCAUCACUCCCAAGGCAAGGACAUAGCAAUGGACAUCAGUUUUCGAACUCCACAGAACUUUCCUCCUCCGAAGAUCGUUUGUUUCAUAUCGCAGCAUGUCACUAUUCUUUUUCAAUCGUGUGUUUCGUUCCAUAUUUUGUUCCUUCCCCCGAAACGUGCUUUGGUUGACUGUCAAAAACAUAAGAUACAUUUCUGCCUUUGUCGAUUCUAAAUUAUUGAACUUGAUGAAAUUUUGAAUCCAAAGGCUGCGGGUAUGCAUGCCGUAU